AUGCUGGCCUUGAAUACCCUUUCCAAUAACCAAAAAGCCCAGCUUAGAAAUGCAUUUACUUUGAUCGAUGGCGAAUCAAGGGAUUCUACGAUCACCAAACAGGACUUGGUCAAUCUCUACACGCAAUUGGGCAUGGCUGUUCCAGGAGACGACCAGUUAACAGCGAUGUUGACCGUGGAAGGCGGCAACGGGAGUGGGAUCAACUUCACCCAGUUCCUGAACAUCAUGGCCAAAGAGUUCCUGAGAUUUGAAGACAGAAUGACCAUCUACAACGCCAUGAAGGUGUUCGCUGAGGCCGAAGACCCCAAGAAGUACAGCGAGGAUUUGAUCAUAGACGUGGAAAACUUGAAGGAAGCAUGUUGCUCCGUCCAACUUGGGGAGAUCGGGUCAGGCGACAACAGGCUUUCGCGGGCCACUUUCGAUAGAAUGGUCGAGGGGUUCGUCAAGGAACAGAUGGACGGAAGAAAGUUACUAUUAGCGUCAAAAUGGCUUGACGCAUAUAUUGAUUAA